AUGUUUAGCGGUCCAGCUUUCCUUCGCCGUAUUCUCGCACAUCCAGAUCGACAUAAAUACGUUUUGAGCUCAUUACAAUAUGUUGGGGUUGGCUCAACACCUGUACACUCAGAUUUCUUACGCAUGCUCGAAGCAGAACUUCGAAUUGGUCGCAUCGGUCAAGAAUAUGGUCUGACCGAGAGCGGAACCUUUCUCAGUAGUACUCUCUACGUCGAUUAUGACGAUGAUCGACGCCAUACAUCAAUUGGUCGGUGUGUGCCACAUAUUGAGCUCAAAAUCGCUAGCAACGAUGGAACAACACUUCCGAUCGGAUCUGAAGGAGAAAUAUGGGCUCGUGGUUAUUCGGUUAUGCGUGGCUACUAUAAUGAUCCUGAGCAAACGGCAAACGCCAUAACUAAUAAUGGAUGGCUUCGAACCGGUGACCUAGCCAGUAUGGAUGAGGAGGGAUAUUUGUUCUUCGUCGGCCGAAAAAAGGAGAUGGUUAUUCAAGCCGGUGUCAAUAUUUAUCCACUAGAAAUUGAGCGAGCUAUUUAUGAACAUCCAAGCGUAGCCGAGGUUUACGUGUUUGGCAUUCCCGAUCCUCUCAUAGAUGAAGUUUCGGAUACGAUAAAAAAACGUAUGUAUGUUGAAAUCCCAUUUAUUGGACAAAAAAAACAUGCAAUGAAAAAGAAAGUCAUAUAUCUAUCAAACAAUUUACGUUCUGAUCUUCAUGGUGGUGAUUUUUUUACAAAACCACCACCAUCAGUAUAUUUUUUCACAAUAAAGAUCCGAUUGUCAAACAUACGUACAUUGGCAAGACGGAAAGCAAUGCAUACGACAUAUGCCUGA